AUGGCCGAACACGCUGCAGCGGUGCGGAGGAAUGACGCUAGCUCUCAAGUUGCGGCUAAUUCGACGGGUUCCGGCCACACAUUCAAAUUUGACGAGGCUGAAAUUCUCGCAAGAGGUGACAACCGCGUGAGCCGGGAGCUGCUUGAGUCAUGCUUUACUGGCCCCCAGUCUAUUAACAAGUGCAAUGAUCUUCCCAUUCAAUACACCGUACUGAGACUUCGCCUAGGCGGAGUAUUUGGUCACGCGGGACGCGCACAGGUGAACACUCUUCCCAAUACCCGGCUCAGCGCGUCAGAUGGUCGAGCAAUCAUCAUACCAAUAUCCAACGCACGUGAUGAAAUUGCCGCAAUUAACGACGCGAAUGUCGGCCAUCACGCCACGUGCAAGGAUCCCUGAUGAAGGGGUGGGAGCCGUGAAUAUUCAUAGGUAUGCGGUAGCAUGGCUACUGCAUCCUAUAAAUACUGCAGCCGCAUAUGCAUGAACCACCCUUAUCUGCUUUUGUCUCUGAUGAUGGAUUCGAUCAGGAAUCCGAAUCGUCAGGCUAAAAAAGCUCAAGUCCCAGCGAUCGUGCCUCCUUCUUCAAAGAGAUUAUCUGUCCUCAGUUCCUCGUCACAUAUAGUCUUCGUACUCGGUACCUUACCCUAACCUCGCCUCCUGACCAGGAAUUGGUGCAGCAACCGCCAGAAACGUGAGCGAGGACGCGUCCAUUUUGUGGCCGCCCGGCUUUUAAAGCAAAAAGAUAGCGGGACUGACUUAUGUGGACGCCCAAGCGGGACAUGAAAAUAGGUAGGUCCUGCCCAAGUUAUGAAGGCCGACCUGCGCAUAAUUCCGGAAGGCGCAAAAUAUUUUCGCUUCCCAACAGCAACAACGGCCUUCUCUAAACCUUAACUCUACAGUUAACGCUGACUUCUACCUUAAUCUUAAACUUGAUGCUGGCUUAGGUCACCGUUACCUUUAAAUCUAGCCCUAAACCUAAUCCAUAAUUUGACCCUAACCCUUGCCUUAAUCUUAAUUCUGAUUACACCGGAAGUUGGCUCAAAGCCGCCCGUGUUGCAGGCGAUCCCUGUUCUCAUGUCCUGUUUAAACGUCCACAUAAAUCAGUCCUACCGAAAAGAUGUUGGUGCGGAAGCGGAUACGCGCUGCGCAUAGUAGUAACCUGAAAAAGGACGUUAGAAUUGCAUCCAAGCCCGGUCUACCAGGCAACAGAAUUAUUGUCCACGCGGAAAGCAGCAAUGUGCCCGUCUUGGUAACUGCCGUGAGAAGUGUGUGCAGGUAUCCGUACAACUUGUCUUUCACACUGUCAGGACUGGUAGUGGGAGAGGAGGUAUUUCUGGCUCUGCAGCGGUGUUCGAUUCCGUCUUUCGUGAGUCCCUCUUAGGACUGGCAGAACUAGAUGGUAUGCAAGCAAAAAUCAUCACCAUGAGCAGGGCAUACUGUCGCCUCAAAACUGGGCAAAGCUCUAUCUGAUAAGAAUUUAUUCGAACUGAUCGACAUUUGAUUCGACGUUCAGCGAGGCUGUAUUCUGACGCACAUUCUGUUCAACGACGCCGUCAGGUGGGUUCUAUCCAGUUUUGACAGUGUCUAAUUUGCACCUAGGCUUCGACUGACUGAUGUCGACUACGCGAACGUUACUGCUCGUUUAACCCGAAGCCUUGGUACUCUACUAUAAGCAAUGCUGCAAAUGAAUGAGGCCGCUAAAUCGGUUAUUCACCCAUAGACGCUGGAAAGAACAAAGUAUUUUCGAGCAUUUCUCAGACCAGGGACGAAUACCACUCAGGAUUAUUUACUGCCGACUUAAAGUAGAUAGUUUCAAGUACAGGUACAUUUUCAAGUACCUUAGGCGGGCAGCUAUCGAAUGGACAGGGUACAGUUACUGACCGAUCUCAUGAAGUGUAGGUUGAAAUUCUGAAAUGUGUUUUCCAUUGGGAAGGAUUACUUAGAUGCGGUUGUAAUACUGAUUACCUUGCGGCAUAAACCUAUAAUAUUUCAGACUCGGCAGGAUGUCGGCUUUUGAAUACACUGCUUUUCAAACUCCUGUACAAACCGUACUCGGUAAAAAAUGACCACUUAAGUAGCAUGCAUUUUCCACAUCGAUCUUCGAUGGUCUUGCAAAUUCAAAUAUAUUUUAUACAAAGUCCGAACAAAAAUAUUCUUUCUUUCAGUCGUUCGAUAGAGAACUACGUCCUCUUUAUAUUUUAUACCCGAAGAAAAAAUAUAAUAAGGUUUUGAAAAAGUUUUCUAAUUUCCGAAUAAUUUGGAGUCUGAUCAGUCGUUGCACUAGCGCUUAGUCAAUUCAGUCUACAAGCUGUACGUGCUCCGCGCAAUAAAAAUAACAUAUUAUUUUAUGCCGUUAGAAAUAUAUGAUAUAGAGUCAAAAUAUUUUACAAUGGAUGCAGACUAUUUGUAUUUUUCAUGGGGAGCAGUGAUAGACGGACAGGUUCGAUGCUGUAGGAAUGGACAUUCCGCGGUCUUAAAAUAUCGCAUAAAUAAAAACGGUCUUAAAACCUAAUUAUAUUUCUUCUUCGAGUAUAAAAUAUAAAGAGGACGUGGUUCUCUAUCGACCGACUGAAAGAAAGGAUAUUUUGUUCGGGAUUUCAAUAAAAUAUAUUUGAAUUUGCAAGACCUUCAAAGAUCAAUGGGAAAAUGCAUGCUACGUAAGUAGUCAUUUUUUUACCGAUUUCUGUUUGUACAGGAGUUUGGAAAGCAGUGUAUUCAAAAGCCGACAUCCUGUGGAGUCCGAAAUAUUAUAGGCUUAUCCCACAAGAUAAUAAGUAUUACAACCGCAUCUAAGUAAUUCUUCCCAAUUUCAAAAUUUUAGCCAACAUUUCAUGAGAUCGGUCACUCACUGUAAGAACGACAUCAUUUUCCGUAUUUAUUCUGCCCGACGGGUUUUCACAAUCCUUAAAAGGUGUUUUUGGACCUGACGCGACAUCUCCAGCCCACUAAGGUCCGCGUGUACCGGAUGUCCAUCCAGUCAGUCAAACAUGGUUGUGAGGUUUGGGCUGUGCGCGCUGAUUAUGAGUGAAAAUCAGAAGGAGUCAACUAGCGCUGCUUGGAAAACCAUCCUUCCAGUGACGUACAUCGACUUCUUUGCACAUGAGACAGCCCGUACCCGCUGCGACAGUAUCGCGAGGACAUCUCAGAUCGUCCACGAAAAACGACCGGAGGGUGCUCACGCGUUCUUUGCCAUCCGCCUCAUGAGUUCGGUUAAGUGUUGCCCUCGAUCCGGCGCCGUCGAGGCGUCGAGGAAGAAGCCAACUCAAUGCUGGCUGGACACAUUUCACCAAAAUAUGUAGGCGGUUUUUUAAUCUUGUUUAUCAAUCCAUAGUCUCUUGAGGAGACAAUGGGUCGAGUUUCCCAGAGUCGCUGUCGAAGCUCCUCAAGCGUGAAGAUGUACAAUCCGCAACAUGAUCGAGUUCAAUUGCACCAAGCAUGAUCACACCUGUACCAAGUGAAAGUGCCAUGAAGCAUGUGGGGACUUUUUCCUCGUCGAAUUGGAGCUGCACGGUCAUAAGGUGAUCGUUGUUGUCGUACAGGAGAUAAUAUAGCGGUCGCACAAUGCAGUUUUUGGUGCUUAGGUGGAGCUAACAGUUCCUCGCCUCCCCUAACUUGCAUGCCCGCUCCGGGAAAAGGUAUAUACCGACCGGCUUCAUUCAAUUGUCCUUGACCAUAGAAACAAGUCACGUCAAGAACCGCAUAGAGCUGGCUGCCCUUCUGGUUUAUUGACCUUUUGGUUAUCUGAAGCGACCGAAUACUACCGAUGGUCGAAAUUAGCAGUUUCACUGAGGCUGUUGGCUUUUUUUCCAAUCACGUAAAUUGCAUUUAGUACUGAAAUCACUUUCUAGGAGGCGUAAAUCAACAUUUUUAAGGCCCGUUAUCUAGCCUUCUUGCAAUGUGAGUGCAAAUAGUUUUCUGAUGAAAACGAAUAGGCGAGUUCCAGGAAGCAGUUCAGAAGAACAAAAAGAAGAAUGUGAUGAUAAUGGUGGUGGUGGUGGCGGCGGCGGCAGCGGCAGCGGCAGCGGCAGUGGCGGUGAUGGAGGAGGAGGAGGAGGAGGAGGAGGAGGAGGAGGAGGAGGAGUAGGAGGAGGACGAGGAGGAAGAAGGGAGGGGGAGGAAGAGGACGAUGAUGCAGUUUAGGAGAAGAAGAAGAAGAAGAAGAAGAAGAAGAAGAAGAAGAAGAAGAAGAAGAGGGAGGGAAGAGAGAAUGAUGAUGAUGAUGAUGAUGAUGAUGAUGAUGAUGAUGAUGAUGAUGAUGAUGAUGAUGAUGAUGAUGAUGAUGAUGAUGAUGAUGAUGAUGAUGAUGAUGAUGAUGAUGAUGAUGACGCAGUCGUUCGACCAAGAAGGUUAUCUGUCUGGCGUUCCGAAUUCUCACGCGAACACAUCAUUAAAGACAGUCCCUGA